AUAUAGACGUAGCUUACAUUAGGCAGCAAAUACUCUGUUAUGUAUCGUAAAUAGUGCGUGUUUACAGAGCAUUGUGGAUGCAUAUUUAGCCAUGCGAUGAGGCCAGUGCACUUUGCAAGACUGCAGAGAGCCUCCGCAGAUCCCACGACCUGUUGCUGACAAGCCGGUGAAGGAGAGGUGAGAACCGCUUGAGAAAGGUAGCCUACUGCCUUGGAGACGAGAGCCCGUGGUUUGUUCACUGGGGAAAUCAUGCAGUUUGCAAUCUGGCUGGUUGGACUAAUGUGUCAUCUGUCAGCACUUGUCCGGAACUCCUUGGAAUACCGAUUGCAUCCGAAACAAGAAAGUUUCAUCAAACAGUUGUCAUCCUAUGAAAUUAUCACCCCGCUGCGGAUAAAUGAUUUCGGAGAAUCAUUCACCCACAAGUUUCACUACAAAAGGAAACGGAGAAGUGUGAAUUCGGAUUCUUUGGAUGGUUUACAUGCUCACUACAGAAUUGAGGCGUUCGGACAACGCUUUCAUCUCAAUCUAACCGCCGACUCCGGUUUUAUUGCCCCCACGUACACUGUGACACAUUUGGGAGCGGAGCACAGCAACGCAACAGAGUCCCAACAACAAGAAGCCAGCGAUAUGCGGCACUGCUUUUUCCGCGGACACGUCAACGCCAAGAUUGAAUCCACCGCAGUCUUCAGUCUGUGCACUGGUCUUAUGGGGACUUUUACCACCCAGCAUGGUGAAUACUUCUUAGAGCCCCUGAUGAAUGCGGAGGAGGGGGAGGAGUACGACGAGGAGCACAACAAACCUCACCUCGUCUACAGAAAGGACAGGAAGAGGAGAGAGGGCCCUGCCAGUGAACCCACACAACCCUGUUCAGCCUCAGGGGAAGGAUCGGAAAGGCCAGUCGUCAAUCUUCAAAGCAACAGGAGUAUGGGAGAACAGUUGGAUUCCCUGAGAGAUAGAAUGGACAUCCACCACAUAGGCUACGAGAUAGAACACCAUAUAGACAAUCACACCACCAACUCUUCAAACCCCUAUCACAGAGCCCCGUCCAGGCAGAAGAGGUUCCUCUCAUACCCCCGCUACGUGGAACUGAUGCUGACUGCUGACGUCAAGAUGGUGCGCCACCACGGACGCAACCUCGAGCACUACAUCCUAACAAUCAUGUCAGUAGUUGCUGCGGUCUACAGGGACCCAAGUGUAGGAAACCUGAUCAACGUCAUGAUUGUCAAGCUGAUCGUCAUCCACAAUGAACAGGAUGGGCCCUCAAUAAAUUUCAAUGCUGCUACUACCCUCCACAACUUCUGUGUCUGGCAACAGACCCAAAAUGUCCAGGACGACAGUCACCCUUCUCACCACGACACUGCACUCCUCAUCACAAGGGAAGACAUCUGCCGAGCGAAAGACAAGUGUGACACAUUGGGGCUGGCGGAGCUUGGGACCAUGUGUGACCCGUACCGGAGCUGCUCCAUCAGCGAGGAGAACGGACUCAGCGCCUCAUUCACCAUCGCUCACGAGCUGGGUCAUGUGUUCAACAUGCCCCACGAUGACAACCCCAAAUGCAGGGAGGCAGGCAUGAAGCACCAGUACCACGUCAUGGCGCCCACCCUCAACUACGACACCAGCCCCUGGUCCUGGUCCAAGUGUAGUCGCAAGUACAUCACCGAGUUUCUGGACACAGGGUAUGGAGAGUGCCUAUUGGACGAGCCAGUGAGCAGAACGUACGAGAUGUCCAACCACCUCCCUGGUCAGAUUUACAAUGCCAACCGGCAGUGUGAGCUCAUGUUUGGCCCUGGCUCAAUGGUCUGCCCUUACAUGAAACAAUGUAAGAGGCUUUGGUGUACGAGUGCUGAGGGGGACCAUAAGGGGUGUCGGACACAGCACAUGCCCUUGGCUGAUGGGACAGACUGUGGACAUGGAAUGCACUGCAGACAUGGGAAGUGUGUAAACAAGGAGCUGGACCUGCGGCCAGUCCAUGGGGAGUGGGGCCCCUGGGGGCCCUACAGUGUCUGCUCCAGGACCUGUGGAGGAGGCACCAGGAGCACCUCCAGAGACUGCAACAACCCUGAGCCCCGGAACGGAGGAAAGUUCUGUGUGGGUCGAAGGAUGAAGUUCCGGUCGUGCAACACUGAGCCGUGUCCCCGAGGACAAAGAGACUUCCGCGAGGAGCAGUGCUCUCAGUUCGACGGCAAGCACUUCAACAUCAACGGUCUACCUCCCACCGUCCGCUGGAUGCCCAAGUAUAGCGGUAUUCUAAUGAAGGAUCGGUGCAAGCUCUUCUGUCGGGUUACCGGGACAAUGGCCUACUAUCAGCUGAAGGACCGCGUCAUCGACGGCACACCAUGUGGCCCAGACACCUACGACAUCUGUGUUCAAGGCCUCUGUCGGCAAGCAGGCUGUGACCAUGUGUUGAACUCCAAGGCGAAGAAUGACAAGUGUGGAGUGUGUGGAGGGGACAACUCCUCCUGCAAAACCCUUGCAGGGACCUUCAACGACGCAGAGUAUGGUUACAACACAGUGGUUCGGAUCCCUGCAGGAGCCACCAACAUCGAUAUUAAACAGGUCAGCUACUCUGGGAAGCCGGAGGAUGACAACUACCUCGCUUUAUCUGACAGCCAUUCUAACUUUCUCCUGAAUGGAAACUUUGUGGUGGCCAUGUUCAAAAGGGAAAUCACCUUCAAGGGAACCGUCAUUGAGUACAGCGGCUCAGACACCAAAGAGGAGCGCAUCAACUGCACUGAACGCAUUGAGGUGGAACUCAUCCUACAGGUCCUGUGUGUGGGGAACCUGUACAACCCAGACGUGCGCUACUCGUUCAAUAUCCCCAUCGAGGAGCACAGGGAACAGUUUGUGUGGGACCCCUCGGGCUCCUGGCUGGAGUGCAGCCGCAUGUGUCAGGGUGAGCGACGGCGCAAGGCGGCAUGUGUGAGGAAGAGUGACCACCUGGGGGUUUCUGACCAGCGCUGUGAGCAUCUAACCCCUCCCAACGCUGGCACUGAGCCAUGUAACACUGACUGUGAACUCCGGUGGCAUGUAGCAGGGAAGAGUGAGUGUUCUGCUAAGUGUGGCCCUGGCUACCGGACUCUGGACGUGCAGUGUAUGAGGUACAGCUCGGUGAAGAGGCAGAGUGAGAGGGUGGAGGGUAGGGCCUGUUCUGACCUACCCAAACCCCAGGCCAGAGAGGCCUGCCACGGCGACUGUCUGCUCAAGAGCUGGCAGUACAGCGACUGGUCCCAGUGUUCUAAGACAUGUGGUCGCGGGGCUCGUACUAGGGACUCCUACUGUAUGAACAAUCUGGGGAGGAGACUAGUGGACAGGGAGUGUAGUGACUACCAGAGACUGGUCACCGAGAGCUGCAACAACCAGGCCUGCCCUGGCUGGUCAGCCAGCGAGUGGAGUGAGUGCUUGGUGACGUGUGGGAAGGGGAUGAGGCACAGGCAGGUGUCCUGUAGCAUGGGGUUAGGAGAGGAGAAGCUGAGCGAACACUUCUGUGACCCGAACACUAAGCCUCCGGCUGUGGGGAGCUGUGAGCUGCCAGAGUGUGCCUCCUGGCAGGUCGGAGUCUGGGGACCGUGUGCGGUGACGUGUGGCCAUGGUUACCAGAUGCGGGCUGUGAGGUGUGUGUCAGGGGCGUAUGGUGACACGGUGGAUGACAGGGAGUGUAACGCUGCAUCCAGACCCAGGGACAGCCAGGACUGUGAGGUGGCGCCGUGUCCCUGGGCCUCUCCUCCACACAGCACCGUCCGCCCUGACACCUCUGGUCAGCUCUUCACACAGUGGAGAUACGGCUCCUGGACCACGUGCUCUGUGUCCUGUGGGAAAGGGAAGCGUGCCCGCUACGUCAGCUGUCGGGAUGCCCAGGGUGGAGUGGCAGACGAGUCCUACUGUGCCCAGCUGCCCCGGCCCCCAGAAUCCUCAGCCUGCUUCAGCCCGUGUGGCCAGUGGCGCUCCUGGGAGUGGUCUCCUUGUUCAGUGACGUGUGGUGUGGGCCGGGCCACCAGGCAGGUGGUGUGCAGUAACUACCACCACCAGGUGGAUGAGUCCUUCUGCGAUCAGGACGAGAGGCCCAGCACAGAGCAGGAGUGUACAGCCGCCCCCUGCCCCUCCGUGUACCGUCAGAGGCCCAACGACCAGCCCUACAGCCCCCACAACCCCGCCAGCCACCCGGGACACAGCAGCUGGAACGUCCCCUCGGCAGAUAACCAGUGGAGGACGGGACCCUGGGGAGGAUGUUCCAGUACUUGUGCGGGGGGCUUCCAGAGGAGGGUGGUGGUGUGUCAGGAUGCAGAGGGCCGCAGCACCAGCCACUGUGACGAGAGGGUCAAACCUGCCGAGUCCAAGAACUGCGACUCAGGACCCUGCCCUCUGUGGAACUACGGCGUCUGGGGAGAGUGCACCCAGACGUGUGGCGGAGGCAGGAGGACACGCCAGGUGGUAUGCCAGCGGCCCAACGGUCAAAGACUCAACGACCACAACUGUGACAUCCUGGACAAGCCUCCCGACAUGGAGCAGUGCAACCUGCACCUGUGCCCAGGCAGCGCAUCCUGGCACCGCCGACCAUGGAAGCCGUGUUCUGUGAGCUGUGGCCGUGGGACCAAGCAGCGGGAGAUAGCCUGUGUUUACCAUAACCAAACCCAAAUAGAGGAAGAUCACUGCAGUCAUCUGUCACGUCCCCGGACACAAAAGGCCUGCCGAGCCCGGGGAUGCCCCAGCUGGAAAGCCAACAGGUGGAGCAAGUGCUCUGUCACCUGUGGAGUGGGGGUCCAGAACAGAGAAGUGUACUGCAGACUGAAGGGUACAGGGCGGGUGAGAGAGGAGCUGUGUGGUGCCCACAACUGUCCUGCCACUGCCCAGCCCUGCCAGGCUACUGAGUGUCUCCAUUACACCUGGGCAGCCGGAGAGUGGCAAGAUUGUAACGCCACCUGUGGAGGUAUGAGGAAUAGGAAGGUUCUGUGCGUGGGGGCCGGGCUGACCCCUGUCCAGGACGCCCUCUGUGACCCCUUGUCUUACCCUGCCCUGCACCAGCCCUGCAGCAGAGCACCUUGCCACUACAUGUGGAUGACAGGGGAGUGGUCACAGUGCUCUGCCAGCUGUGGAGUGGGCUACCAGCAGCGUAUAGUGUCCUGCUCCGUGAUGCCAUCCGCCCAGUCCAUGCACCCCUAUGAUGCCCAGUCCUCUGCACAGUCCCGCUCCCACUGUCCGGAGCCCCGCCCACCUGGCACCAGACAGUGCCUACUUUGGGACUGCCCACAAGCUGCCUACUGGAAAGUUGGCCCAUGGAGCAAGUGCUCCCAGAUGUGUGGAGCAGGGGUGAUGGAGCGCAGGCUGGAGUGUCUGACCUCUAAAGGUCAACCGUCCAAACACUGCCGUCCAGCCGAGAGGCCCGAGUCACGGGCCGCCUGCCGAGAGAGAGAGUGUCAGUUGUUCAUGUCCUGUAAAGAGGUCCAGAUGAGCCAGGGAGUGAGGAUGGAUGGGGAGUACUACAUGAAGGUCAAGUCCAGGAUACUACAGAUCUUCUGUGCUGAGAUGCAGACUGAUUUCCCUAAAGAGUAUGUUACACUGCGGAGUGGUCAGACAGACAACUACUCAGAGCUCUAUGGAUACAGGUUGCUGAACCCUUUUGAGUGCCCGUAUAAUGGCAGCAGAAGGCAGGACUGUGACUGCAGGAACGAUUACUCUGCAGCGGGAUACACUCUCUUCCACAAGGUCCGUCUGGACAUCAGCUCCCUGAGGAUAAUGACCACAGACCUGCAGUUCUCUCAGACCCUGCUUGGUCGUCCUGUCCCAUUUGCCACGGCGGGAGACUGCUACAGCGCUGCCAAGUGUCCUCAGGGUCAGUUUAGCAUCAACCUCAUAGGGACUGGUCUGAAGGUGGCUGAGGAAACCAAGUGGACGUCACAGGGCAACUAUGUCUCUGUCAAAGUCCACAGAUCAGAGGACGGGGCAAGAAUCUACGGUCGCUGUGGUGGCUUCUGUGGGAAGUGCAUUCCCCAGCCUCAUAACGGCCUGCUGGUUCAGGUCCAGUAAGGGUCAGAGCAACGUCAGACCAGGCAGUGAAACAGACACCAGACCAGAGCUUCCGGGGAUCCAAUGCACUUCAUUUGUGAAUGUGGCUCCUCCCUUCAUCACACUUCCUCCCCACCCGGCAGCUAUAACAUAGGGACAGCUCAAAGAAUCUACACUGAGUAUACCAAACAUUAGGAACACCUUCCUAAUAUUGAGUUGUCUCCCCCCUUUUGCCCUCAGA